AUCCCUAAGACAUUUUCAAAAUUCAAAUUUGAAAAGAGCUGUAGAGAGAAGAGAGAAUGGCGUCAGUGACCGGAAACAUGAAGGGUUUUUACCGACAGAGGAAAACCACCGCUACGAAGAAAUCUUCCAAAAAAUCUCCGAUCCACACCGCCAUUCCGGGCUCUACUGGGGUCCAAACGCCGGCCACCACCGCUAACGGUGGAAAACCGGACCUCCAAUCUGAGUGCAAUGAGAGCGAGGUGGUGUUGCGGCAAUUCGAUUUGAACAUGGCUUAUGGGCCCUGCGUCGGGAUAGCGCGACUUGCACGGUGGGAGCGUGCUCAGAGGCUCGGUUUGAACCCUCCGCAGGAAAUCGAGGGUCUCUUGAAGAGUGGGAAAGUUCAGAUGGAGUCCUUGUGGGGUGGUCGCAUUUAGGUUUACUUUUCUGUGGAAAGAAAAAAAAAAUGAAAUCCAAUAGCGUAUAUGUGUAUUUAGGUUUUGCUCCGGAAACUCAGCUUCUGGCUGUGUUCCUUGUUAUGUGACUCUGAACUAAACAUUAUGACUGCAAAAUGUUGAUGUUUUCUUGCUUCCUCUUGUCAGCUAUGAAAUCAUGUUUUUUUCUGUGUUA